AAAGUUAGUAGUCUGCGUUAGACAGCAUGGCGGCCACUGGAGUAGAUUCAGAAAUUACUAAAAGCGAUAAAUAUUCGAUAUUAUUACCCACAUACAACGAAAGAGAAAAUCUUCCUAUUAUAAUAUGGCUAAUAAUCAAAUACCUAGAUAGAAGUGGAAUAGAUUUUGAAGUGAUAAUUAUUGAUGAUGGAAGCCCCGAUGGAACAUUAGAGGUUGCCAAGCAAUUACAAAAUUUAUACGGCUCUAAUAAAAUCGUGCUUCGACCUCGUGAAAAGAAAUUAGGACUUGGCACUGCUUACAUUCAUGGCAUUAAACAUGCGACCGGCAACUUUAUUAUUAUUAUGGAUGCUGACCUAAGUCACCACCCUAAAUUCAUUCCAGAGUUCAUAGAGGUGCAGAAAGAAAAUGACUAUGAUAUAGUUACUGGCACUCGCUAUAUAAAUGGAGGAGGGGUGUAUGGUUGGGACUUUAAGCGAAAAUUAAUAUCUAGAGGUGCCAACUUUUUAACUCAAAUGCUACUAAGACCUGGGGUGUCAGAUUUAACAGGGUCAUUUAGGUUGUACAAAAAAGAUGUUCUACUGAAACUUGUAGAAAGUUGUGUGUCAAAGGGAUAUGUAUUUCAAAUGGAAAUGAUAAUCAGAGCCCGGCAGUUGAACUACACUAUAGGGGAGGUGCCCAUCACAUUUGUGGAUCGAGUGUAUGGGGAAUCUAAGCUUGGUGGUACUGAGAUUAUUCAAUUUGCUAAGGCUCUCUUAUAUUUAUUUGCUACCACAUAAAUUUAGCAAAUUGACAGAGGUGGCCAAGCAUAUUCAGCAGUCAUGAUCAUGUACAAAAAAUUCAAUCCGUUGGUUCUUGAAUUCUUUAUACACAAGUCCAUAAAUAUUCUGGAUUAGUGACAACAAAUUGCAAAUAUCAAAAUGAAAUAUGAAAUAAAAUUAUUGAAGGUAUUGAUUAAGUUUAUUAUAAGUUCUAAAAAGUCAUUAUAAA